AUGCCGCCAAUUCAACAACAGUUAUCUAAUAUUGAAGCCAUAGAAGACAUUGCUCCAAGCUCAUCUUCUGAUCCAAUCGAGAACGACAACAAUAAUAAAGAUAAAAAUCGACGAGGAGGCAGACGCCUACCGAGCAUAGAUACAAGAGCGUCGAGGGUUGGCGUGACUAAUUUUAUAAAUGUGAUAAAAAAUUUACAUCCUGGUGAAUCGAGAAAUUAUUUUCCGAUUACACAAGAAGCACUUCAAGAAUAUAUUGAUUCAAAAAGAAAAGCAUUAAUAAAAGCGGGAUCUCUCGAACAAUAUCUGCAACACAUGCAAGCUUACAACAUCGCAUUAGGUUUCGGUUGGCAGGGUCAAGUCUUCGGUCCUAUAAUAAAGAAAGCAUUAGACGAACUAAGAGCUCAUGAAGAGGAAAUUCAGAAAAAUCAGCAAGUAAAUGUGCCGCUUAGCAAUUUAAACUCUAUCGAUUCCUUACAGAAUUUACGUCAGUUAUAUAUGAAUAUUGCAUCGCUAAACUUGCCAUCUCAAUGGGGUACCGUUGAUACUUCUCAUCUCCAUUGUCGAAUCGGUAAUUCACAACAUUUCGGUUUAACUGAUGAGUUAGCAUUCACACGUUUCUGGCAAGCAUUUGUUGAUAACAUUAACGAACACGACAAGCAAAUCCAAUUGGUGUUGUAUAGAGAUUCAUCAGCUAGCGCAUCUUCUUCUCCACAGCAAAUCCACGCUUUUGGAUUGACAUCAGAAACAAUCUUAAAGUCUGUGACAAUAAGAUCCAAGGUAAAAAUAUACAAACAAAAAAUUGCUAUCGGUGAGAAUACAACCUUCGCAUCCUUAAUUGCAUUCGCCACUUAUAAAGCAAUGCCACCAGCAGGAAAACAAUUUGUGAUUAGAUCCAUUGAUGAAUCAUUCGAGUAUAUACCUGAGGAUUUGGUAAAAGUAGUGAUAACAGGAAUUGAACAUGCAGACCUUCUUGUUACGCUGGAAGAUGUUGGACCUAUUGAUUUCGAUUAUUUUUAA